AACAACACGCGGACAGCGCCCGUGCUGUCAAGUCAGUCAAGAUGGAGUUGUAUCUGGAUCUUCGCUCGCAGCCGUGCCGCUCCGUGUUCAUGUUCGCCAAGCUGAACGCGAUUCCCUUCGACUUCAAGCUGGUCGACCUGGCCAAAGGGGAGCAGUAUGGCGAAGAGUUUGGGAAGAUCAGCCCGGUACGGAAAGUUCCGGUCAUGAAGGACGGCGACUUUGUCCUGACGGAGAGUGUGGCCAUCCUUCAGUACUUGGCUGAGAAGCACGCAUCCCGCCUUCCUGACCACUGGUAUCCGGCUGAUCUGCGGCAGCGGGCGCGGGUCAAUGAGUAUUUGUCCUGGCAGCAGAUGAACCUGCGAGCCCACGGGUCAAAGGUUUUCCUGCUCAAGGUAGGGCGCCGCCACUACCCGUUUAACACUUCUCUUUCUACCUCCGCUUUAUAUGUACGGGUAUUCGUGGAGGAACUGAGCCAGACUGUGGACGUGCUGGACAAGUAUUUCCUGGGUGAAAAGUUGUUCCUGUGUGGCGCCUCCAUCUCGUUGGCUGACCUGGUGGCCGUGGCUGAGAUCAUGCAGCCAGUGAGCAGUGGCGUGGACGUGUUCUCAGGGCGUCCCAAGCUGUCUGCGUGGUGCGAGCGUGUGAAGAAGGAGGUUGGCGUUGCACUCUUCGAUGAGGCCAAUGCCGCCAUCAUGACGAGCGGCGGCGUGCCUCAGUCGCUGCGUGAGGCAGGACUGCCCCAAAUCUUCAAGGACAAAUUCAAGAAAACUUUCUUGUGAAUGUCAAAAUAAUAAAGAAACAAACUAUUUUUGAAAGACUUAUGAUGAUCAUACAGUUAGAUGGCACAGUUUUGGCUGUGCGCUGUAUACAAAACUUCAACAUGUAACAGGUUUCUGUUAAUUGUUACCCUGAUCGGUUUUUGUUGUUGUUGUUUUUUUUUUUUAUGUAUAAAAAUUGAAUUUUGUGUUUUUUCUAUGUCUGUGUCAUCCAGGCCACGGUACAGCAUCUGGAUUCUUCUGGUUUAAUUCAUUUUUAUAUGAUAUUUCUUUUUUCCAAAAGCAUUCCAAAAUGGGGUAAUUACGCUAUUAGGCUUACGAUAUAAUAAAUAAAUCUAAAAUAAUA